CGGGUGGCGCUGCUGGUGUGUUGUCGCUGUCGGGUGGAGCGCGGCGCAGCCCGGCGCUAACGGUGGAGGGUUCGGCGCACGGCGAGCGGCGCGUCACAAAGGAGCGCACGGCGUCAGCCAACCACCGCACCGACACCCCCCGGCACACGACGGCCCGGCCCGGCUCGGCUCGGCUCAUGACACGGCGGUGAUCAGCCCGGCGGCGGAAUGGUGUGCGCCCGCACUUCUCGCACCACCUCUCUGUGCACAGCCCGUUCUCCCCCGAGAGUGGUCUCCGAGCGGAGUGAUCCCCAGUACCUGGCUGACCUGCUCCUCCUGGCACGGACAUUACCAUCGGACAGAGCCCUCGCUGGCCUCUGAAAGACGCUUUGCUCGCUGCUAGAAGGGGAUUAAGUCCUGGUCGCUGUGAACUCUGUUUUGCGGAGUGAGGUCUCUGUGAAAAUGUGUCAUUAAACGGGAAAGAAGGGGCGAAAGAGUCAGUCCGUCCCAUCCACACCCAUCGAGACGUUGCCGUGGCAGUGCUGUCUAGCUGGUUGUCGACUCAAAUCGAAUUCUGCACUAUCUGAUUCAGUACCAUGAGAAGGUUUGCGUAUUGUAAGGUGGUUUUGGCCACCUCUUUGGUCUGGGUGCUACUGGAUAUGUUCCUACUCCUUUACUUCAGUGAAUGUAACAAGUGUGAACAGAAAAAAGAACAAGGUCUACCUGCUCGUGAAGAUGUGAUACAGAAACCACAGGAAGGCCCUGGAGAGAUGGGGAAGCCUGUAAUAAUCUCCAAGGAAAAUCAAGAAAAAAUGAAGGAGAUGUUUAAAAUCAAUCAGUUCAAUUUGAUGGCCAGUGAUAUGAUAGCACUCAACAGAACUUUACCUGAUGUCAGGUUAGAUGGAUGUAAAACAAAAGUAUAUCCUGAUGACCUGCCAAAAACAAGUGUGGUGAUAGUUUUUCACAAUGAAGCAUGGAGUACUCUGUUACGCACAGUGCACAGCGUGAUAAUCAGGUCGCCAAGGCAUUUAUUAGAGGAGAUUAUCCUGGUAGAUGACGCCAGUGAGAGAGAUUUUUUGAACAAGCCUUUAGAGAAAUAUGUGAAGAAAUUGCAAGUACCAAUUAGAAUUCUGCGCAUGGAACAGCGCUCGGGUUUGAUUCGAGCAAGACUGAAAGGGGCUGCAGCUUCUACUGGACAAGUUAUCACUUUCUUGGAUGCACAUUGUGAAUGCACAGUGGGCUGGCUGGAACCACUACUAGCAAGGAUUAAAAUGAACAAGAGUACUGUGGUGUGCCCGAUCAUUGAUGUGAUUAGUGAUGACACGUUUGAGUAUAUGGCAGGAUCGGAUAUGACUUAUGGUGGAUUUAAUUGGAAACUGAACUUCCGUUGGUAUCCUGUACCUCAGCGAGAGAUGGAUCGAAGGAAAGGAGACCGAACAAUACCAGUAAGAACACCCACUAUGGCAGGAGGACUUUUCUCAAUAGACAGAGAUUACUUUGAGUUAAUAGGAACGUAUGAUGCAGGCAUGGAUAUAUGGGGAGGAGAAAACCUAGAAAUAUCUUUCAGAAUCUGGCAGUGUGGUGGUACUUUGGAAAUAGUUACUUGCUCACAUGUAGGCCAUGUAUUUCGCAAAGCUACUCCUUACACUUUCCCUGGAGGCACUGGACAGAUAAUAAACAAGAAUAAUAGAAGGCUCGCAGAGGUCUGGAUGGAUGACUUCAAAAAUUUCUUCUAUAUUAUUUCUCCUGGUGUUACAAAGGUUGAAUAUGGAGACAUAACAGUGCGCAAAGCAUUAAGACAAAAGUUGUCAUGUAAACCUUUCUCUUGGUUCCUGGAAAAUGUUUAUCCUGACUCCCACAUUCCACGGCAUUAUUUCUCCCUGGGAGAGAUCAGAAACGUAGAAACGAAUCAAUGUCUGGAUAAUAUGGCAAGAAAGGAAAAUGAAAAAGUGGGAAUAUUUAACUGUCAUGGUAUGGGAGGCAAUCAGGUGUUUUCCUACACUGCAAACAAAGAAAUUAGAACUGAUGAUUUGUGCCUAGAUGUGUCAAAACUUAAUGGCCCUAUCAUGAUGCUGAAGUGCCACCAUCUAAAAGGCAAUCAGCUUUGGGAGCAUGAUGCUGUAAAACUGACCCUGUUGCAUGUGAACAGCAAUCAGUGCUUGGAUAAAGCCUCAGAGGCAGACAGCCAGGUGCCCACCAUGAAGGAUUGUAAUGGAAGCCGCUCACAACAGUGGAUUCUGCGCAACGUCACACUCCCUGAGGUUUUCUGAUUGGUCAGCUCUGAAGAUUUAAUGGGCUACCUCUGUGCACCUUACUGCUAGAUCCGUACUUAAAAUGAACUUUCAUCUAGGCAGCGAAUAGGAGCGUGUAGACUGUUUGAAGGAUAUUGCAAAAAUCUGCAUUCCUUUGCUGUUUGAAACCACAGACUUUGGAGAAACUGAGCGCACUGAUGUUUACAUUGUUUCUAACUGAUUUAAAAAGGGGAAGGUGGGGCUGUCAAGAUUGUUUAAAUCUUAGUGAAUGAACUUGCACUGUUCAUUAAGAAAAUAUGAUUUAAGGAAGUGGUCCUGACACAUCACUGUUUUUCUGUCAGCAGCAUAUCAUAGUAAUUUAAUUGCACAAUUGUUGUAUUUGUCUUAAAGUGUGGCAUAGCCCCCAGAAAUGUUCAUAAUAUCACAAAACAUCUUGGUUUAUUUGUGGUAACCAAUAUUACAUAAUAUCAGUGCAAGAAUUCAAUGAACAUAUAUUAAACAUACAUUUAAAUCACUUUUGUAUGAAUAAAAGAUCUAUUUAACUGGGACAGAAUUCAUGGAAAAAAUGAAUAUUACAAUUAUGAGGACUUUAAUUUUGUGUAGAUUUUUAUACCUCAAUGAAGAAUUAACCAGUUCUGAUUUACAAUUUUUGAACGUUCUGUUUUGUUUACCAUGGGAUUGUUUCAGUUAAUUCAUUCUUAAUAUGGGUAAAUAGAAACGUAGAGGCCACAUAGAGACAGGAAACUGUAGGGAUGUCUUUUUUUUGUCAAGUAGCUUAUUUCAUUUAAUGUUUCCCCUCUGUAAUUUCUUGUCCUGGUUCUCUAGGCUGCUAAGUAUUGUUUUGGCUCCUUCCUGAAUUCUUCUUCUUGAAUUAUCCUCAAAGAACUGCUGCUAUGAACCAGUUGAGGAGCAUUUCAUUAACCAGCUUCUGAAAUACAAUGAAUAAAUGUUUCUGUAUAGUUUGGCUUUGUAUUCUUGAAGAAUAAUCCAUUUUCUCCUAACGUUAGCAAUGUGUGUGGCCUAGGUUCUAUCGGAUGUAGAUUUUUUUUCCCCCUUUUUUAUAUAUUUUGUUUUAAAAACAAUAGAAUUCAUUAUAGGUUCUCCUCAUCUAUGGGCUGGGCUGCAGCUGGAGUUUUUGCAGGAUGAAGUCUUCAUUCCGUCCAUAAAACCAUCCUGCUACUUUGUUAUUUGCAUAACUAUACUAGAUUCUGUGAAAUACUGGUGAUUGCUUUUUUUCCUAAUAAAAUUUUUGAAACUGAUAUAAUUGUGUGUUUUCUACCCAUCCAUAUCAGACAGCAA